CCUCUGCUGGUAUGUAAUCCAUGUGCAGCAGUUGGGACAGAGGAAGUGGGGAAGAGAGCCUGCUGCACUGCCUGCUGAGGAGAAGAUGUCCACCAAUCAAUCCUGACUGUUUACCCUGGAGACCUGCUCAGAAGGGUGGACAACAAGGAGCUUCCUUGCUGAGAGGGAACACCGGAACCAUCAAGGAUGCCAAAGUUCCUCGGGAACACCGGAACCAUCAAGGAUGCCAAAGUUCCUCGGGAACACAGAAAGCUGCAGCACAACCGGAUGUGACGUCACUCCCGCACUGCUACUUCCGGACCGAAUGUCAGAUGCAUGGCGCUUCUCAGCUCUUCGCCGCUCCAUGAUGGACCUAGAAGAAGAGAAACGGGUGAGCUGCCUCCUCUUACACUGAGAAGAGCGCAGCACAGGUAAGGCAGCAGGAAGGCUCACAGUCUCCGUCACAGUGCAGGAAGAGGUCCCGGCAUCCGCAACUCCUACCGCUCCAGGCAAUGCCGGCAUCGAAGACGCAAGGUCAGACAGACAGGCCUCCAACCAGGCGGACGUUCCCUCAUUUUCAGCACGUCUCCGGAACGCAGAAAUUAGAUCCUUCAUCAGGAACUCCUCACCAUGUGGCUCCUCCUGGUUGUUCUCUUGGGUCUGAUUUUCCUAUACAGACGAUAUAGACAUGGUCUGAUUCUGGAGAAUCUCACAGACAAAUAUGUCUUCAUCACUGGAUGUGAUUCAGGAUUUGGAAAUCUGUUGGCAAAAAAGCUGGACAAACGUGGAAUGAGAGUACUGGCAGCUUGUCUGACAGAUCAAGGGGCAAAGGAGCUUAAAAAGGAGACAUCAACCAGACUGCAGACAAUACUACUAGAUGUCACCAACAGCCAGAAUGUCAGCUCUGCUGCAGAUUGGGUCAGUGAUAUUGUUCGUGAUAAAGGACUCUGGGGCCUGGUGAAUAAUGCUGGCAUUGCCAUGCCUAUUGCAGUGAAUGAAUGGCUGACUAAAGAUGACUUUGCCAAAGUUUUAAAUGUGAAUCUUCUAGGACUUGUUGAUGUUACACUCAAAAUGUUGCCCAUGAUUCGAAGAGCUCAUGGUCGCAUUGUCAACGUUGCAAGCAUUGCAGGGAGAGUAACUAUCUGUAGCGGAGGAUAUUGUUUAUCAAAAUAUGGGGUGGAAUCCUUCUCAGACAGUCUUCGACAUGAACUCCACAAAUUUGGUGUGAAAGUCUGUAUCAUAGAGCCUGGCUACUUCAAAACAUCAAUAACUAACCCAGAAUUAUAUUUAGGAAAACUACGUGAGAUCUGGGAGAGGUCUUCAGAAGAAGUUCGUACUGCUUAUGGCCAGCAAUACUUUGAAAGAUAUUCCAACAGCUUUGUUGAAAGCCUAAAUAAUAUUAACACGAAGAUUCACCUGGUGACGGACUGUAUGGAACAUGCCCUGACUGCUGUCAACCCACAUACACGCUAUUCUGCUGGCUUGGAUGCCAAACUCUUCUUCAUACCUCUUUCCUACUGCCCUUCCGCAUUAGCAGAUAUUUUCUUAUCGCAAAAAUAAACUUUAAGACCAGCUCCGACUGGUCUUAAAGUAAAUAGAGAUUGUGCAAUGUUGUAAAAGCACUACGUGAUUGUAUUAAAUUCACACUGCUAUAAUUCCAGUUCAUGUUAGAUGAGGUAGAUUAAAAAAAAUAGGACAUUUUUUAUGCUUUUCCCUAUACGACUUGAUGCAAGCCGAAUAUGAACCAAACAAACAGCAGCAUUAAUGUAUCCUGUGGUUGUUUUUUAUGUGUGCAUAUGUGUGUAUAUAUAUAUAUAUAUAUAUAUAUAUAUACAUAUAUAUACAUACACAGCACUCGUAGGCUAUACCUCCAUAUGUCUCCAAUUUCAAAUGUGAAAGUAAAAAAUCAUUGCAUGUCCCAUCAGACUCUGUAUGUACAAAGGAUAUCUUCGUGCACAUGGUGCCCAACCAUUCUAGGGCACUAUAAGGCCUCCUUGGAGGCCCUAGUAAUGUGCUUUGGAAUUUGUUCUUUCUCUUCCUUUGCAACUAAACUACAAUCAAGAUGGGACUGGCCAGUACCAGAGGAUCCUCCAGUAGGCCCAAAGUCUGAUUCCAUAUUUGAGCAGCGACCGCGCCACAGAGAAGCAUGAAAGUAAUGGCCUGAUGUUUAGUAGUUGGUACUCACAGUUUUUCAGUAGGGAUGAGCGAACCCAAACUGUAUAGUUCGGGUUCGUACCGAAUUUUGGGGUGUCCAUGACACGGACCCGAACCCGGACAUUUUCGUUAAAGUCUGGGCU